GUCACUCAUCUCGUCUUCUACGUUCGAUUCGCAGACUUACCAUCAGACAAGUAACCUACCAUGGCACGCACCAAGCAGACGGCUCGCAAAUCUACCGGAGGAAAGGCUCCCAGAAAGCAGUUGGCAACCAAGGCGGCCAGGAAGAGUGCCCCAGCCACAGGGGGAGUUAAAAAGCCACAUAGAUACAGGCCUGGAACUGUCGCCUUGAGAGAGAUUCGCCGCUACCAGAAGAGCACCGAGCUUCUGAUCCGCAAACUCCCAUUCCAGCGUCUUGUGAGGGAGAUUGCCCAGGACUUCAAAACAGAGCUCCGCUUCCAGAGUUCCGCCGUAAUGGCCCUUCAAGAAGCUAGCGAAGCCUAUCUGGUCGGGCUAUUUGAAGACACCAACCUGUGCGCCAUCCAUGCUAAGAGGGUUACCAUCAUGCCGAAAGAUAUCCAGCUGGCCCGUCGAAUCCGUGGAGAACGCGCCUAGAGCGCCAAUGCACUACAGCCUGUAAUGCAUAUAACCAAACGGCUCUUUUCAGAGCCACCAUAACAUCACGAAAGAAUCACUGAUAUCUUAUGCAAUAUAUACAUGAAUAGUUGGAAGAAAUAAAGGAUCCCUGGGAUAAUUGAAAUAUUAUAAUAUAAUAGAUAUAAUGCACAUCGUGCAUAUAACUUUGAUCAAAAUAGUGUUGUGAGGGAACCGGGGGGGGGGGGGGGUAAUCACCUGUAGUCGCAUGAAGAGUGAGUGCGUAUGUCACAUGCCACUGUCACUGCUUGUCCUUGACAUCCUCCUCCUUUUUUCCUAUUGAAAUGAAAAAAGGAAAGAAAUAAAUUAGUGAUAAAAUCGACAUAACAGUAUAUACACGCAGUCUUUAUCAUUGUUAUUAUUUUAAUAUAUAAAACACACGUGAAAUCGCAAGCCAUAAGGCUUCGCUUUCGGCUGUUUGAUGAUUUUGAAGGUAGGAUUGAGUUAGUUGGUACACUUGUUCCAAUAAAUAUAUUCCAGGGGGUACAUACUUGUUUCAAGAAGAUCUGUUUGUAAUUUGAUUUGAAUAAGAAUUCACUUGCUA